UGCCGACCUCACAACAACGCCGCCAACACACACAAAACACGCCGAUUCCACACCCCGCCAUUCGGCUGGACAGCAUCGUAGGCUGCCCAUCGUAUCCAGCGCAAGAGGGGAAGGUGCAAGGCACAGGUGGCCACGAGGGCUUUAGAUCGGCUUUGUGUGCACUCUAAGGCUUCAAUUGCACAACAAGAACACCCACUGCGACAACAACAACAACAACAACAACACCAACGCAGUAGCAGCCAAGAUGCAUCGCGUCCACGGCACGUUUCACUCCACCAUGCAGCCCAUGGACUUGUCCAUACGGGGACACAAUGCGCGGCAGCGGCAGGGAAAGGUUGGCGGGUCCACCAUCCAGCUCAACCUGUCGCGGUCGUUUGACGGCGCAGAUCAAGAUGCCCUGACCUUGCGGCGGGAAGCGCUCAUGACAAAACGCAAGACAACACAGCAUAUCCGCGGGCUCAAGCACCCGACACCAACGUCGAGCAUUCGCAAGGAAACAAACGCAGCCAUGUUCGACUUUGAAAAGGACCAAAAGGCGCUUGUGCUCAGCCUUCGCGAGGUGGAGCACGCAGCCAUCCAGCAGGCCCGCAAGCUGGAGCGCACGACACGAAAGCUGGCUGCGUUUCUCGAAGACCACUGCCGCCGCGCAGUGUGGUUGAACCGAGAGAGCAUUUCGCGUCGCGGGCACGUGGGCUCGGUACCCGAUGCCGUCACCUUUGAGCUGCAGAACGAGCAGCGUGUGGCGAAAGAGGUGCUGGCGGCCGUGAGCAAGCAACACAGCAUCAACACGGGGGCAUCGCAUGCGCUAAAUGCCGCGCUUAAGACAGCGGCUUCCGUCAUCAAACACGAGACAAAGGCGUUGUCCCUUAACACAGAAUCGUACAGUGGGAGUGUGCAGGCGUAUCCACGGCCGCAGGGCACGCCUCCCCCAGUUGUGGUGCAACUGCGUGAUGCAAUCAGAGCAGCGGCAAGCGCAUGCGAUGACGCAACGUCGCUCAUGGUGUCAGCACGCAGCGACCUGGCGCAAGCGAUGAAGGCGGUGGAUGACAAGCUUCGAACGGCCAAGACCCGCACUCGAUCAACGGAGGCCGACCUGCACCAGACGCGCGGGGAGGCGCGGACGAUGCUGCACCACUCACGCACGGUUGCAGCCAGGGCGGAAGUGAUAUUCGAGACGAACAGGGGCCCAAGAGAAGGGCGCUUCCAUCGUAUCGCAGACAGCGCAACCCGCCCACGCGCACGGGUGUACCAGGAGGCACACGGCGAGCGCUCUGCGCUGCACACGCUGGAGACAAAGGCUGUAUCCCACCGAACUCUCGCAGCCGCACAGCGCGAGCUGGCGAAGGACAUCCACGACCUGGGCACGAAGGAGCGUGUGCUGGCGGCGACGGUGCGUGAUUGCCGCCGCUACCACGAGCGAGACGCUGAGCUUUUGCGGUUUCGACGGCGCUGCCAACCAGGCAACCGCGUGCCCACACGCCCCUGAAGUAUGGGGGAGGGGGUUACAUGUGGCGUAUUAUCGUUUGCAUGCAAUGCACAUGUGCGUACGGUUUUUGUUGUUUUUUCGUGCGCGUACUGUGAUUGCAUUAUCGUGCGUGUGCGUGCGUGCGUGCGUGCGUGCGUGUGCGUGUGUGUGCGUGCGUGCGUGCGUGCGUGCGUGCGUGUGUGUGUGUGCGCGCGCGUCGAUUCUGUCGUGCGUGUGGCGCUUUGUUCGCUGCGCUGUCGGACCACAUGUGAAUGUAGUUUCAAGCGUAUGACAGCCCCCUCGCCCACAAGUUAAUGGCUCGAUUUGUUGCUUCACCUCGCUUCCCCCCCCCUCAUCGCAUGCUCAACAGCUUCCCAACCACAUGGAAGCGUGUGUAUAUGUGUGUGUUCACACUAGUAAACAACGGCAAGAUGACGCUUGAG